GUAUCUAUUGAUGGUCAUGACAUUCCCAGUCUGAACUUAAAGUGGUUGCGUGAGCACAUUGGGGUUGUAAGUCAAGAACCUGUUCUUUUCGACACAACAAUAGCAGAGAAUAUCAGGUACGGCAAGGAUGAUGUGACACAGGAGGAAAUAGAAAAAGCAACAAAGAUGGCGAAUGCUCAUGACUUUAUCAGGAGUCUUCCCAAGGUUGGUCAAUCCAGUUUGGGUACAUAUAAGAAACACUUAGCGCCUCUGUUAGGUAUGUCAGUGGCCAACGUCUACCUGACCUAGGUCCAGAGUCUAGAGUCUAGGUCUAGAGGUCUGGAGUGCGUGCAGAAUGUAUGACUGUUUGGCUGUCUGCCUCGCUAGGAUACCUAGAACAAGAUGAAAAUUUCCCCCAACGAAAAUCUUGUGGUUUUCGCGUAACGCGUAAUAAUCACGUUUGAAAACUAAGGAAGGAAAAAUUGGUGACGAAUUUACCUUCUCGUAAGCGAUCACUUUGAAAAUGACCGUUUUGUUUUCCAGUCAAAUACUGUUGUAAAAACUCUCUCGUAAGCGACCAGUACUUACUUCAAGGACUGCCAUUAUUUUACUAAACCAGAAAUUCGAAUUAUUCUUUUGUUUUUUGUUUCUCGUAAGCGACCACCCGGCAUGAUCACUUAUGACUCUAAGAAAUCCAUCGCUCGGAUGUCACAAAAGUUCAGUUUUUAGAAGCUUUGACCAAGCUUGUGGACAGAUUAUAGCAGUUGACUUACAAAAAAGAUGGCUGUUAUACAGUCUGUAAGUAAAAAGGUGGAUUAUUCCAUUGAUGCAAAAUGUUAUGGACAAAGUUUCAACGGUUCCAAACGCUAUUCUAUGUGAAACAUUAUCACCAAUUGUCUGUUUGCCUACGUUUUAGCUCGUUAGGUAAUACCUUUAUCUAGUCACGUUAAUCAGUUCAGUUUGAGCUUAUAUUUUCUUAGUUUUUCCCAUAGACGACCACCUCCUGUAAGCGACCACUUUGUCGUGCACCAAGGGUGGUCGCUAACGAAAGAGUUGACUGUACGGUUAAAUAUUCAGUAGAGCUUCUGAUAAAGGAUAAUCAGGUUCAGUUACUUUCUAUAUGCUUUCUAUAUACUAUCAAUAUGCUUGAAGUUAACAAUUAAAGUGUUGAAUAAUUUAAGACUAAAUUUUGGCCUAUGAAGUAACGUGUUUCCACUCACAAUAUUUUUAUCUUACCUUCUUACCUGUAGCAACGGUCACGUUGCAAAAACAGUCUCGCUCAAAUUGUUAUAGCAUCGAUCCUAAUAUCGUUACAACAUUGUCACAGCAAAAAUAAAUAUAUAUUAAUAAUAGUUGAUGAGCCGCGUUGAGUGGCAUGCAACCGCUGACAGGCCUUAUCUGAAGUGUAACCUUCCAUUAACCUAAAAUACAUUUAAUAAUGUGAUUAUCGAGAUUCUGAUUAUUGUUGUUGUUGUUGUUAUUUUCCAUCAGGGCUAUGAUACUCUUGUUGGUGAAGGUGGUACUCAGUUAAGUGGAGGGCAGAAGCAGCGUAUCGCUAUUGCACGAGCUCUCGUAAAAGAUCCCAGGAUAUUGUUGUUGGAUGAAGCAACCUCGGCAUUGGACAGUGAAAGUGAAUCCAUUGUACAAGCUGCAUUGGAUCGAGUAAGAAAUUUACAUUCAGAUUAUUAACGUAUUACAAACAUUUUUGAGGUAUGUUUAGUAAAUUUGAGUUUCUCAAUGAAAGUGUGUCCAACUGAAAUCUUGCUGAUAGUUACAACACCAGUACAACGGAACAGUUGUAAAAUGCCUUUGUUGGCUGAGAAUGCGUAAAAAAGAGAUUCUACUAAAUCAUUGUGUACAUCCCGGUUACCAUAAGAUGCGCACGAACCGCCGCAGGUCAGUGCAGGUAUCGUUCGCCGUGGGUUUAGUCGUGUUUAUUUUUCUCCGAUAUUUCUCGGCCUUUUGCAGCUGCUAACACGGGAAGUUAACAGUUACUUUUUCGUUUAUUUUUCUUUUACUGUGGACGCGCUCCACAUUACAUUUUUCAGCCGUUAUUGUCUGGAUGUUUUCCUUUUUCGUGCUCUGUGACGCGUCACAGACGGACUCAGCUCUUGUGCCGAAUUAUAAUUUUAUGAGAAGACUCCUGGACGUGUUCAGAGUUUAAACAAUUGUGGAGUAACGCGUUUAUACCCUUUCGUCGUUUCUUUACGAGUCUCAACGAGUUUGUGGCUAGCUAUAUAGCCGAUUAUUUGGACCGAUUUUUUGAUACCACGUGGAGGACGAUUCCGCCAUUUUGUAGUGCAAAAAGCUAGACGUUUUCUUCAUCCAUCUUAAUUUCUUCAGACGAUGUCUGAGGAGUCUCAGAAAACUGUAAAUUCUGGAGGUACUUCACCUGUGGACCUCAAGGCGAUGUUUGCCGCACUUUUAGAUGAUGCCAAAAGAGAUACUGUGGCCCACCUACAAGACUCUAUCGAGAAGAUUUAUGCCGAUUUUGAAGAUUAUGAGACCGGCCCUGAGAGCAGUGAAGCGAGCACCGAGUGUUCGGAUACAGCUGUUGCAACGGCUGUUGCAACUAAAGUAAACGAUUUUAUCCAGCCAAAAACCUCAGACCUUGCUGAGGCCAGACCAGGCUCGGCUCCUUUAAAUCACUCGCUGAUGAAUUUAGCGUUAUAGAGAAAACUUCACCUGCCAUAGAUUCAAAUUUGGCAGAAAUAGUGAAGAGUCUGCUUACAGAGAAGCUCACAAAAAGAAAAGUUGGCCGAAGUACAGAACAAGUAACUCAGACCUGAAAACUGCACUAAUUUGGUUGUACCCAAGAUAAACAAACAAAUUUGGCAACAAUUACGACGAGAGACUAGAAAUAAUGAUUCAGCUUUCCAGAAGGCACAGUCCUUGCUCUUGUCAGGUUUAUAUGCUGUACUUCAGCUGUGUAACAGUGCAAAUGGGGAUCAUAUAAAUGUUUUGACCCAUACAGCAGUCCUGCUGUUGUCAGCAAUAGAGAGCUUAAUCUGAAACGAAGAGAUCUCAUUCGUCCUGACCUGAACAAGCAAUAUGCUGCUUUAUGCAACCCAUCUACAGCUGUGUCAACAUUCUUGUUUGGAGAUGACCUAAACAAGGAAGUGGAAGAGUUAUAAACAAAGUCACAAAAGCUCAGCAAUAAAGUGACUCCUAAGAGAUGCAUGGAACCUUACAAAGUCCUCGCCUCUAGAGGUGUACGUGGUCGUGGCCGCUUCAGUCAGAGUGCUGGGAGGGGAAGAGCCUCCUCUAAUUCUUUUUUAGGCCAAGACCGGGGCCAUGCUCGGCCCCAGCAGAAUCCUAGGACCCAGUAAGAUCUCCAGCUGAGGUAAGUCAGACAACUCUUGCUACUAUUAUUGCAAAUCAAAUUCCUUUUUAAGGCAGGAGGGCUGCGAGACUGUCUUCAUGUAUGGAAGACUAUCACAUCAGAUCCUUUUAUCUUAGAUGCAGUUACUCACUGUCAUAUUGAAUUUGACUGGGAACCUGGAAUAUGUACUAGUGUUACUAGGCCUUUUUGUUCCUUUACUGAAAUUGAACAGACUAUCAUUGACAAUGAAGUAGAAAAAUUCCUUCUUAAAGGGAUAAUAAGGCUAUCAUCAUAUGAGGAUGGCCAUGUCAUAUCUCCAAUUUUUACAAGGCGUAAGAAAUAUGGGUCUCACAGGGUUAUAUUUAACCUAAAGAAACUGAAUGAGUCAGUGACAUACCAUCAUUUUAAAAUGGACACGUUAGAAACAGCUAUUAGAUUCAUGAGGCCUGGAUGUUACAUGACAUCUAUAGAUCUGAAGGAUGCGUAUUACUCUAUCCCUAUUGCAGAAGAACAUCAGAAAUAUUUGAAAUUUAUUUGGAGAGAUCAAUUAUAUGCUUUCACUAGCCUGCCUAUGGGAUUGACUAGUAGCCCUAGGAUUUUUACGAAAGUUUUAAAAGCGAUCUUUAGCUACGUGAGGAGUAAGUUUGGCCACACCUGUCUGGGCUAACAUUGAUGCCUCUUUCUAUCAGGAAGAUGGUUAUAGGGAGUAUGAAGAAGCCACAUUAUAUGCAAUACAACUUUUUGUCAGUCUGGGUUUUAAAAUCCACCCAGAAAAGUCAUUAAUUAUACCAACACAGAUCUUAGAGUUUUUAGGGUUCAUUUUGAACUCAAUGCUCAUGUCAGUUACUUUGACUAACAAGAAAGCUGUUAAAAUUUUGCAGUUGUGCCAAAAAUUCUCUGUUCCAAAUAAACGGUUUACUAUUCGUGAAGUUGCAUCUUUUCUUGGGACCUUAGUCUCCAGCUUUCCAGGCGUGGAGUUUGGCCCUUUACGUUAUCGCCUCAUUGAGGUUGGCAAAGAAGCGAAUUUGAAAUUGAACCAGGGGAAUUUGGAUUCACUUUUGACCUUGUCUCAUGACAGUUUGGAAGAGGUUCACUGGUGGUCUGCAAAUGUUCUAACAGCAUCAAGAAGAAUUUUUCAUAAUAGUCCUGAUGUAGUUGUUUACACUGAUGCAUCCCAAAUGGGUUGAGGUGCUCAAAUCGAACAUGGGAAUAACACUAGUGGCAUCUGGUCUAAGUCAGGGUCAUCCAGGCACAUAAAUUACCUGUAAUCAUUAGCAGUUAAGCUUGCUCUGUCCUCCCUACUUAAUGCCAGGAACAACAUCCAUGUGCGGUUUAUGUCUGAUAACAACACUGCUGUGUCUUACAUUAAUUCUAUGGGAGGUUGUAGAUCUUUAGAAUGUAACUCCAUUGCUAAGGAUACUUGAGAUUGGGCUAUUGACAAAGAUAUUUGGUUAUCAGCAGCCCAUAUUCCAGGAUCAAGCAAUAUUGAUGCUGAUAAGUUAUCUCGGAAUUUGAAUUUGGAUCUGGAAUGGAUGCUUUCCGCUCCGAUUUUUCAGAGAAUAGUAGCUUUAUUUGGUAAACUAGAUAUAGAUCUAUUUGCUAGUAGACUUAAUGCUCAGGUGGAGGAUUAUGUUUCCUGGAAACCACAUCCAAUGGCAAAGUUUGUAGAUGCUUUUACCAUUGAUUGGUCACAAUUUUUGUUCUAUUCUUAUCCUCCAUUUUGUCUUGUUUCAGGGUGUGUACAGAAAAUAAUUCACGACUAGGCAUCAGGAAUUCUAGUAAUUCCCUUGUGGACAACUCAGCCUUAUUUUACGGCUGUACUGAGCCUACAGAGCCUACAACAGAAACGCCACGUGUAUUAAAUGCUUUAGUUCAGAAUCUGAUUCAUCCAACCCUGGACGGUCCUCAUCCCCUACACCAACGACUGCAGUCGAUGGUAUGUUAGUUAUCAGGCGAUCCUUGCAAGAGUCUGAGAUUUCGUCAGGCAUUGUCGACAUCAUCAUGCAUUCAUGGAGAGACAGCACUCAGAAACAAUAUAAAGUGUAUAUUAGCAAGUGGCUGCAAUUUUCCAGUGAAAGGAAGAAUGAUCCGUUGCAUCCCACUGUAACGGCUGUACUCUUUUUCUGCACAGUCUUUUCAAGAGUGGCUUGAGCUAUUCUGCGCUGAAUACAGCUCGGUCUGCAGUCUCUAACAUCGAAAUGCGUGAUAGUGAUGCUCCGUCUCAUACACCUGUAGGAAAGCAUUUCCUUGUUUGCCGUUACCUUAAAGGGGUCCGUAUAAUUAUACUGUCCUUGAUUACUUGAGUUUAUUUUGGCCUUUGCACGAGAUCAUUUUGAAGGAACUCACCCUAAAAUUAGUCAUAUUGAUUGACUUGACUACGGGGCAGAGGUGUCAGACUUUGACCUUUUUGGACACAUCAGAGCAAUAUAUGCAGAAGAAUGAUACAUGUUUUAAUUUUGCCUUAACUGAACACUUAAGCAGGACAAACCUGGCAAAGUUUUUGGCAAUGUACGCCUUUACAAGUAUCCAGUAAGGGAACUGUGUGUUUAUGAAAUAUUAGAUUCUUGCCUACGGCCUACUGAAAAGCUUAGAAAUUCUUCAAAAUUGCUUGUUUCGUACAUUAAGCCCUAUAAGGCAGUAACCUCAACUACUAUUGGGCGCUGGUUCAAAACUUUGUUGCGGGUGUUGAUACAGAAAUAUUUUCUGUUCAUAGCAUUAGGUGUGCUGCAACGAGUAAAGCUCUUACGUCAGUUUCCACUGAUGUGAUUCUAGCUACAGCUGGGUGGACUGAGGAGUCCACUUUUCGGACGUUUUACAACAAGCCAGUUGCUGUAACAAACCAGAUGAGUUUGGCAGUUCUCACUUAGGUUAAUGCCUUGUACAACAAAAUUGUAUUGCAAAGUAGUGUACAAUUAAAGUCGGCGUGUGAAGUUGUUUGGGUGCUUUCUCAUUUUGCGCUCACUGCCUUAAAGUCUCAUGGUAACCCGGAUUUACAUAAUGAUUUGGUAGAAUUGAAAAUUAAACAAGUGGGCUUAACAUGCCCAAAGCACCCAUAUGUUUACACCCACCCCUGACGUCGUUUCGGCUGUGUUUUAGUGAUCACAAUAUUCUUUUAAGACUGACCUGCGGCAGUGCGUGCGCAUCUUAUGUUAACCCUACUGUACUACUAAUGAUUUAGCAGAAUUGUCAUCAAACUUCAACGUACAGGUAAGUCUUGUUUAAUUUUCAGUUAGAAGUGGUUUAGUACAUAAACCCGAUUGCCGGACGUUCAGUUAAAUUUUAUUUGAAAUUGUGAUGUGUUUACACCUUGUUAAAGUCAAGUGCAACCUACAGAUAACUAAAGAACUAGAGACUAAAGCUGGUAUUUCGGAUAUUAGUCUCAAAACGCCAAGGUCGUACAACCAGCAAAGUUGAAAUUAUGAAUGCUGUCAACAAGCUGUUUUUUGGUCAUCUUGCCAGACCCGCUAGGUUUGUGCUUACGGCUGUGAUUGAUUUGGAAAGGUUAAAAAUCCCGAGAAUGCUGAUAAUAAUAUUUUAUUAUCACUAAUGUUCUCUCUUUCAGGCACGUCAAGGUCGUACAACUAUUGUGAUUGCCCAUCGCCUCUCGACAGUCCAGAAUGCUGACUUAAUUGCAGUUAUUCAGGAAGGCACGAUCGUCGAGAAAGGUCGUCAUGAUGAACUCAUGAACAUUGAUGAACUAUAUCGACAGCUUGUUACGCUUCAGGUAUGUAUGCCUUCAUUUAACUUAUAA